CUAAACUUGAGAACAUAAGGAAAAUGAUACUGUGGAUUCUGGCUUUGUAUGUGUUGUUAUCUUUCAUCAUCGCUGGUCACUCAGCACCAGUUGCUACAUAUGGUGGUCAUUCAGGUUUCAUAAGCAUAGAUUGUGGAGCAAGCGAAGGUUAUGUCGACGAACUAACUAGGAUUCCCUACCAGACAGAUAAAGGCUUCAUAGAAAGCGGAACCAAUCAUGAAGUAGGCCUCAAAUCCAGUCGUUUUCCAUACAUACAAAGACAGCUACAGACACUGCGAAGUUUUCCAGAUGGAAAACGAAACUGUUACACUCUGAAACCAAAACAAGAGAUGAAUCAGAAGCAAAAGUACAUGAUCAGGGCUAUCUUCGCAUAUCAGAACUACGACUACACAAGCCAACCUCCAACGUUUGCACUCCACCUGGGGGUCAAUUAUUGGACCACAAUUGAUAAAGAUGAUCCCUCUCUCACAUAUCGUGAAAUCAUAAUCCAACUUACCAAUGGCACUGUGCAAGUGUGUCUGGUACACAUAGGACAAGGCACACCUUUCAUCAACACUUUGGAAUUAAGGCCACUGAACAACUCUCUUUAUGCAGCGCCAUUUCCAUUAUCUUUUCGAGUAAGGAGAGAUUGUCGCAUUGAGACUAAAAAUUGGGCCAGGUACAAGGACGAUGUGUAUGAUCGCUUGUGGUAUCGACAUGUUAAUCCUGAUUUGGUUCUCUUGAAAGCGCAAGUAAAAGUAGUCGAAAACUCUACUUAUGAGCUACCAUCAGAAAUAUUACUCACAGCAUGUCAAUCUCCAAAUAAGUCCAAUAUCUUAAAUGAAAGAGUGCCUGUGAGUCUUAAACUUGAUAAACAGCAUUAUUUCUUUCUUCAUUUCGCUGAAAUUCAAAAGCUUCCUUCCGGCAAAAAGAGAAUUCUCAAUGUCACGAUUGAUGAUGAAUAUUCUCUUUCUCAGAAACUUACUCUUGACUACUUGAAACCUGUCACCCUACAUUUCAACAAGAUAGUUACUACAAUCUAUGCUCACCUCACAGUCAGAGCAACUGCUGAUUCUUAUGCUCCUCCUAUCAUCAAUGCCUUUGAGAUCUUCGAAGUCAUUCCAGAACCAGAGUCUCCUACCAAUGCAAAAGAUGUUUAUGCCAUCAUGGAGAUCAAGCGUGCCUAUGGUAUCUCCAAAAUCAGUUGGCAAGGGGACCCUUGUGUGCCAUAUAACUUGGCAUGGGAAGGUGUGCAUUGCAGCUCGGGCAACAACACAAGAAUCAUUUCGUUGAACCUGAGCUCAAGCAAACUAACAAAAGAAAUCGUUAAGUCAUUCGUGGAUUUGGAAAAAUUGGAAUCCUUGGAUUUGUCCAACAAUGAAUUAAGGGGAGAAUUACCAGAAUUUCUCGCAAGUCUUCCUAAUUUGAAAUUCAUUAAUGUGACUGGAAACAAGCUGAGAGGUUCAAUACCCAAGGCGUUGAAGGAAAAUGCUAAUUUGAAUAUCAGUGCAGCCGAGAAUCCAGGCCUCUGUAGGAGAGAUUCAUGUGACCACAUAAACAAGUUUGUUAUUCCUCUUAGUACAUCAAUUGGAGUUUUAGUCCUAAUUGCCAUUCUCUCUUCGAUGAUUUGGAGACUCAAAAAGAAAAGACAAGAUCUGUCAACCAAGUCCCUAAUUCUAAAACAGAAGAAUCGAGAAUUUUCUUACUCACAAGUUGUUGAUAUCACCAACAAUUUCAAAACUCUUAUUGGAGAAGGAGGGUUUGGGAAAGUUUACCUUGGUACUUUAGAAGAUGGUUCUCAAGUUGCAGUUAAAUUGCUUUCUGCAUCAUCAAAGCAAGGAUACAAGGAAUUUCAAUCUGAGGCUCAACUCCUAACUGUUAUUCAUCAUCGAAACUUAGUUUCACUUGUUGGGUAUUGUCAUGAGGGCAACAUCAAGGCAUUGAUUUAUGAAUAUGUGGAUAAUGGGGACCUUGGCCAUCUCUUAGAGAAAAACUCAAAAGUUUUGAAGUGGAAUGAGAGACUUCAAGUUGCAAUUGACACAGCAAAAGGAUUGGAAUAUCUUCAUGUUGGUUGUCAUACUCCUAUAAUUCAUAGAGACUUGAAACCAUCCAAUAUUUUAUUAAAUAAAUUCAUGGUGGCCAAGAUUGCUGAUUUUGGACUAUCUAGAGCCUUUAUAAAUGAAGGAGAUUCUCAUCUAUCAACUCAACCUGCUGGUACUCCCGGUUAUAUUGAUCCUGAAUUUCAAAGAUGUGGACAAUUAAAUAAGGAAAGUGACAUUUAUAGUUUUGGAAUGAUUCUUCUUCAACUAAUAACUGGUCAUCCUCCAAUAAAGAGAGGUCCUAGGAAUAUUACUUUCAUUCUUGAUUGGGUUCAACCUAAAAUUGAAUGCGGCGAUAUUAAAGGCAUUGUUGAUCCAAGAUUAGCAAGAGAAUUCUAUGUUACUUCAAUAUGGAAAGUUGUUGAAGUAGCAAUGUUAUGUGUCUUACCAACACCAUCCCAAAGGCCAAACAUAAGUUACAUAUUACAAGAACUACAAGAAUGUUUGGCUUUGGAGAUGGAUCAUGCAAGAAUAGAUAACACAAUGCCCAGCAGCAGUUUACUAGAUUAUAGUGUGAAUAUUGAAUCAAUGACUAUUCUCUCUGCUAGGUAGUCACAAUAUUUCUACUGAACAAUACGAAACUUCAUGUUGUACAUUAUCUAGUGCGAUAAAGCUAUAAGCCUCGUCAAAAGAAGCAAGAGGAAAACCAUAAAGAAACACUCAUGAUUGUUGAACAAAACUUCUUGAUUAGUACAAAUGGUGUUGUGCAAUUCAUAUAGCCAAUCGCACCUCAUCAAAUAAGACUACUUGUUGUUAUUAUUGUAUAUAUGAUUGUAUGUUACACAUUGCAUACAAAACUCUCCUCUUUGAAUGAUUAUGGUCAAAAUUAAAGAUAGUGUACUCUUGAUUUACAAGUUUUUUUGAA